UUAAUUUAAUUUUCUAUUUUAUUUUUUUGUUAUUUUUUGUUUUCCCCUUCGGGGAUAAAUCUCUCGGUUUUCUCAACUGGUUUCUUCUAAUGUUUCAAUAGGGUUUCGAAGUUUUUCUGUGUUUCCCUCUGAGAUUCUCUCUGCUUUGGUUUUCUCAGAUUUUUUUUUUUUCUAAUUCGCGGCUCUCCCAGGUUGAAUUUGGUAGGUUUUUCCAAUUUAGGGUUAGGGUUUUGUGCGUGGUAGUCAAUGGUUUGUUGCGUGCAAAUUUAAUUGGGAGUGUUUUUAUUUCGGUACCCGCUUCAGUUUCUUCGUUGGUUCUGUUGCAGAGAGAAAUGGGCACUUUCCCCUUUUGAUCUUCCCGUCGAAUCAAGCAUCAAAAUCUGAGCUUUAUUUUUGUUCUCCCGCUGGUUUUUUUGAUUUGGGGUGGAUUUUUUUGUUCUUUCUAUAUUGGGCAUCCUAGUACAUUGAAUUGGCUCGGCAUUCACUCGAAUUUGCAACGUGAGAGCUGGAGAAGCUGCGAUGAAGUGGGUAUUCUCAAAGUAGCAUUCAAUUCGAGGUCGAAUAUUCAGUCCGAGCAUGGAUUCUGGAAGGGAUGCGGGUGGUGUAGCAGGGCCAGUUCUAAUUCCCAUGCGUUUUGUGUGGCCAUAUGGAGGAAGGAGUGUGUUUCUCUGCGGUUCUUUCACACGGUGGUCUGAGCUUCUACCGAUGUCGCCAGUGGAAGGUUGUCCAACCGUGUUUCAAGUUAUUUAUAAUUUGCCACCCGGUUACCAUCAGUACAAGUUUUUUGUUGAUGGAGAAUGGCGGCACGAUGAACAUCAACCUUACGUACCAGGAGAAUAUGGGAUGGUCAACACUGUCUUCUUGGCUACUGAUCCCAACUACAUACCUGUUUUGAAUCCAGAUGUUGCACCUGGAAAUAGCAUGGAUGUGGAUAAUGAGGCUUUUCGCCGAGUGGUCCGGUUGACUGAUGGUAGUGAGGUACUGCCAAGAAUAUCGGAUGCUGAUGUACAAAUCUCCCGUCAGCGUAUUUCUGCAUUUCUUUCUUCCCACACUGCUUAUGAAUUACUUCCCGAGUCAGGCAAGGUUGUUGCUUUGGACGUUGAUCUACCAGUGAAACAGGCAUUUCAUAUACUGCAUGAGCAGCUGGGGAAUCAUGGGUCUAAUCUGACGGAGGAGGAGCUUGAAACACAUUCCAUAUCAGCUUGGAAAGAAGGAAAGUCUUAUUUAAAUAGGCAGAACAAUGGACAUGGAGCUGUGUUUCCCAGACGUUUUAUCCAUUCAGGGCCAUAUGACAAUCUGAAAGAUAUUGCCGUGAAAAUCCUCCAAAAGGAUGUUUCAACUGUUCCGGUUAUCCAUUCUUCUUCUGAACAUGCUUCAUUUCCACAGUUAUUACACCUUGCUUCACUUUCAGGAAUACUUAAAUGCAUUUGUAGGUAUUUUAGGCACUGCUCUAGUUCCUUGCCUGCACUUCAAUUUCCAAUCUGUGCAAUACCUGUGGGCACGUGGGUACCCAAAAUCGGGGAAUCAAAUCGGCGGCCUCUAGCAAUGUUGAGACCGACUGCAUCUCUUGCUUCAGCACUAAAUUUAUUAGUUCAAGCCCAAGUUAGCUCAAUACCUAUAGUUGAUGAUAAUGACUCGUUACUGGAUAUAUAUUGUCGGAGUGACAUAACAGCUUUGGCGAAGAACAGAGCGUAUACACAUAUUAAUCUUGAUGAAAUGACUGUUCAUCAGGCUUUGCAGUUGGGCCAGGACGCAUAUAGUCCCUAUGAGCUUAGAAGUCAAAGAUGUCAGAUGUGUUUGCGUUCUGAUUCUCUGCAUAAAGUGAUGGAACGCUUGGCAAAUCCAGGUGUCCGGCGGCUUGUGAUCGUGGAAGCCGGCAGCAAGCGUGUAGAAGGCAUUGUUUCAUUGAGCGACAUAUUCAAGUUCUUCCUCGGUGGUUAGUUUUGGAAUGGUGAACGGAGAAGUGAAAGGGUCUGUGUAGUGCUUAUGACAUACAAUUAGCCUCCAUGACUUGUGCAGCCAUUGAAAGUGGUUUCUACACGGUGAUUUUUAUCUCAUUUCAUUGUAAUACAAUUGGAUUGGCCUCUUGCUUUAUUGCCUCUUUUUAAGAUUUUAGGCUGAGAGAGAGGCCUGUAAAUUCAGAGUAUUUGAUUGCUCCAAAUUUAUUCAUCUCUCCCCAUUCGUAUUAUCUUCAAAUGUAUCGUGCUCCUGACAAUAGAUACCAGCAAGGUGGGGGAGCACAACAUCUGUAAUCAUUCCAUGCUGUGAAGAUAUCAAGUUUGAAGAAAAAAAAAUGAGGAUGAAGAUUGAGAUACUGUUGUUUUAUAUUUGUUGAUUAAUAAUCCUUACUUAGGGUUUGAUUGUUUACCUUUACUUAAGAAUAACUUUAGCCUAAGUAGCUUAUGAAUAAGGGACCUUUGCAUAUGAAGUUGUAUCAUUAGAGGAGCUGAUGUGAACAAAAACCUAUAAGCAACAAUUGUUUGUACCAGUUUAUCUAAUAGUAGAACAAAAACUUUCUUCGGUUCA